GUUUCCUACCGUUGACGGACAGGGAAAAGUUUGUCGUCGUGUGCUUGUUGGUUGGCCUUUUUCUCAAUUUUUAGGCCUUUCCCUCCCGCAUUUUUCGGCUUCCUGCCGUUUUUGUGUUUCUGGAAGUCGUAAAUUACAAAAGGGACACGAUGGCGGAUAACCAAUACGCUGCUUAUCAGCAGCAGGGGUACAAUCAGUACAGCCAGCCUCCGCCAGCAACUCAGGAUACUUCGUAUCCACCCCCAACUGGUGCAGCUGCUGCAUACAGUCAAUAUAGUCAACCACCUCCAACAAGCACUGGAAGUUAUCAGAGCUAUGGUGCCAGCCAGAAUUAUGGUGCCAACAGUGGCAGUGGAGGUGGCAAUGGCAGUGGCCAGGACUAUAGCCAAUCUCAAAGCCAAGGUAGUUAUAGCCAGAGUAGCUAUGGCUCUGGAGGUGCUUCCGGCAACAGUGGUGGCAACAAUUAUGCAGGCAGUGGCUAUGGAAGCAGUGGCGGCGGUGGCGGUGGCGGCGGCGGAAGUGGUGGCGGAGGAUACAACAACAGAGGAAGCUCUGGAGGAUACGGUGGUAGUCAGGGAGGAGGAGGCGGUGGUGGUGGUGGUGGUGGAGGCAACAGAUUUGGUGGUGGCGAUCGAGGCGGUUACGGCGAUCGAUCGGGCGGCAGUUACAACAGUGGCGGUGGCCGUGGUGGUUAUAACAAAGGAGGAUUCGGUGACCGUGGAGGUGGUGGCGGCGGCGGUGGUGCUGAUGGAAUGGUUACUCAAGAAGAUACAAUCUUCGUCUCAGGAAUGGAUCCAACAGUCUCGGAAGAAGAAAUCUGCGAGCAUUUUGGCGCCAUUGGCCUCAUUAAGAACGACAAGAGAACCAACAAGCCCAAAAUCUGGAUGUACAAAGACAAAAACACGGGCAAGCCAAAAGGAGAAGCCACAGUCACGUACGAUGACCAGAAUGCGGCACGAUCAGCGAUAGAUUGGUUUGAUGGCAAAGACUUUAAGGGAUACACAAUUAAAGUACAGAUUGCCCAGCACAAAAGCAACUGGAUGGGAAGUCGUGGAGGCGGUGGUGGCGGCGGUGGCGGUGGUGGCCGUGGAGAUCGCGGAGGUGGUGGUGGAAGAGGCGGAUUUGGUGGAGGAGGACGUGGCGGAGGACGUGAUCGCGAUGAUAGCCGUGGUGGAGGUGACGAUCGUGGUGGACGUGACAGUGGUCGCGGAGGCGACUGGAGGUGUCCUAAUCCUGACUGCGGCAACACGAACUUUGCUUGGCGUGACCAGUGCAAUCUUUGCAAAAGCUCAAAACCCGAAGGAAUGGGUGGUGGAGGCGGUGACCGAGGCGGCGGUGGUCGUGGAGGAGGACGAGGUGGAGACCGUGGCGGCCGCGGAGGUGGAUUCCGGGGUGGCGACAGAGGAGGCGGUCGAGGAGGUGAUAGAGGUGGAAGGGGCGGUGGUUUCCGUGGAGGUGAUAGAGGAGGCGGUCGAGGUGGAAGAGGUGGACCAAUGAGAGGAGGUGGAGGACGAGGAGACAGAGAUCGUGAUCGCCAGCGUCCAUACUAAGGGUUGAAAAGUGGCUUUUCAACGAUCUGCAAGAAUCUACAGCGCGUGUAAAUUUUCGCAAUGACGCAGUUGUAUUGUGUCAAUCUCACAACUUCAUUUUUCAGUUUCGUACAAAUUUUUUUUUUACGUGCAGAACCUGUGACUUGUCUAGCGCAACCAUAACUUGUAUUUCAGGAGAAAUAUGUAUGUAACUACUACUAUCUUUAUUUUAGAAUUUUAGUUAUCAGUCUUCGUCAUCAUCAAUCACCGAAUACUUGAUUUGAACACCGUAUGACUUUGAUAAUGUAUUCAUGUCAUGAAUUACUGUGUAAAUUUUUAGGUUUUAAUAAACUGUCUUUAGUGAUAACGUACGGAGAUUAUGGUGGUACGUUUUCUUUAUAAUUUAGAUGUUAACAUUUCCA